ACAUAGGGUAUUUAAUGGCUGCCGUUGUUGCUCGCUGCCCUGUUGGGCUUUCAUGCAGGAAAGGACUUGGUCGUUUCCUCCGUAGAGUUACAUCUUUGGGUAUCUGUGUUGGACCGACUGAUCUUUUGUGUGAGCAACAACGUACCUUUUUCUGGAGGAAGUGGAAAAGCUCUCAUAAUGUGGUUCGUCCAGCUACUGUUCGGCCAGCCUACGCAGUGCCUAAGCACAUCGUGCAGCCUGACUAUGUCAGCACUGGGCUGGUUCCUGAGUGGCCAGACUACAUUGAGAUCAAGAACAAAGAGCAGAUUGAAGGCCUAGCUAGAGCAUGCCAGCUCGCCAGACACAUAUUGCUACUUGCUGGAGGCAGUCUGAAAGUGGGUAUGACAACAGAGGAAAUCGACUUCAUUGUGCACCAAGAGACUAUCAGGCACAAUGCUUACCCCUCCCCUCUUGGAUAUGGAGGUUUUCCCAAGUCUGUCUGUACAUCUGUAAAUAAUGUGGUGUGUCAUGGCAUACCUGACAGCCGCAAACUUGAAGAUGGUGAUAUUAUCAACAUUGACGUCACAGUUUAUUUGGAUGGUUACCACGGCGAUACCUCAGAAACCUUCUUGAUUGGUGAGGUGGAUGAGGUUGGCCAGCAGCUAGUAGAGACUGCCAGGCGUUGCAGAGAUGAGGCCAUUGCUGUCUGCAAACCAGGUGCACAGCUUUGUGUCAUAGGAAACACUAUCAGUGAAAUAGCCCAUUCUAAAGGCUUUCAAGUGUGUCCAUAUUUCAUUGGACAUGGAAUAGGCUCUUACUUUCAUUGCCAUCCUGAGAUAUGGCACCAUGCUAACGAUAAUGACAUAACCAUGGAUGAAGGGAUGGCUUUCACAAUAGAGCCUAUAGUGAUGGAGGGAUCUCCAGAGUUUAGAAUUUUGAAAGACAAGUGGACCGCUGUGUCGGUCGAUGAUAAAAGGUCAGCUCAGUUUGAACACACGGUGGUCAUCACAGCAGAAGGGGCGAAGGUUCUCACCAAACUACCAGAAGAGGACAAUCUGUGACAGCAAUGACUGCUAGGUGGAAUAGUAAACCAUUUGUUCUUCUAAGCUCUUUUUUUGUGUUAGAAUAAAACACUGUUAUGCUACAAACUGUCUUAGAAUGGGGAAGACCAAAUUGUAUUUCAUCAAACAGGAAUGCAGUCAUGUUUGCUUUAUUCAAACUUGAGAAAUAUUAUAAAAGCUGAACUUAUUGUUGGUUUGAGGAAUUUAAUGCUCGUACAACAUUGUUAGACUAAACUACAGAACAUGUUGCAUUCAAAUAAAGAUAAAAU